AACUCAGGUCUGCUACACAUGAUCGUGUGCUAGUGGUGCUUAUUACCACUUGCUUUAAAUAGCAACUACAUGCUUAAGUCCCACUAUACCAAUUCAUCUCAAUUACUCCCACCCCAGUACUAAACUGAAGAGGCCCAGCAGCACCCUUACUCUAACGAUUGUCCCAAAGUCUAACCGUAGCACCCGCCUGCCUGGGCUACUUAACUCUACCAUCUAAUAUCACUCACUAAAUAAAUAAAACUCUUCUCAUGAGGCUGAGCCCAAUCCAUACAGGCGUCAUUUUUUCGAGUGGAGAUAAAACCAGGAAUUUCAACACAAUUCAAAGUACGACAGGGUGUAUUAGUAUUCCACUUCAGUUUGUAUAUCACUUUCGUUUGGAGGCGUGCAGUGAUAAGUACGAGGAGCUUUUUAGGUAUCCACUUUCCUUGCUGCUCUGAGUAAAUGAGGCUUGGCAUUCUCGGAAAGCACUUCCUACUACUAUAAACAGAUGGCACUACACCCAGCUAUGCAACCCUGCCAAGGAAGCUAAAUGCUGUCAUAAGUCACUUAUUGAGGUCUGAGAUUUAAUGGCCUUGGUCAGAAAUGAAAUCCAGCAAUAGUCUCAUUUUGAUCUGCUUAACAUCAUGUGUUCUAGUUUCAUCAUUCAGCAUUGUCGUACCAGAUGCAUCUGUCACUGCUGCCUUAGGUUCUGACGUAAUUCUGCAGUUCAAGAUGAUUCCAAGUGUCGCUGUUGAGGACAUAACAGAAAUUAAAUGGACUAAUUUACAGUUGGGCAAGACAGUUAAUUAUUAUUCAAAUAAGCAAGAACAGAUUGAUAAACCAGAUGAGACGUACGUCAACAGAUCUGAGAUACUGAAAGAUGCAAUUUCAAACGGCAAUCUUUCUGUUAUACUGAAGAGAGUCACUACUUCUGAUGAGGGCAAAUACAGAUGUUUUGCACAAAUAGGAGACUAUUUAGACUCAGCAACUGUUGUACUACAAGUUUCUGCUAUUGGAAACACACCUGUAAUAAAUGUUGUGAGCAUAGAUAAACAAACUGCCCAACUUGCAUGCAGUUCCAGUGGAUGGCACCCUAUACCCAAACUUACCUGGAUAGAUGACCGUGAAAAUAUUCUCAGUGAUCAUCGUGAAAAAACAACAAUAACAACUGAAGACAGUGGCACAAAGGCACUGGAAAGUGAUUUUCAGUUACAGAUGUCCGCUAAUGUUAAUGUAGUGUCCUGUAUGAUUUACAGUCCUGUAGGGAAGAAGGAACUGAGAAGUAGUAUAAAGAUAUCAGCUGUACCGAAGUGCGACAAAAGAUACCAAUGCUGCUUUAUAGCUGCUGGAGAGGGCAUCAUUCUUGUAUUUGUCUGCCUUAUUUUCAUUCAUUUUAGAAGAGCAUGUGGAAAACCAGGUGAGGAACCAGAAAAUAUCGCUCUGCUGAAGAAGGAAAGUCAAAGAUGUAAAGCUAUAUGCAACUAUGAACCCAAAUCUGGAGAUGAGCUGCGUUUAUGUAAAGGGGACACCAUAGAUAUUCUCUGUGAGCUUGAUGAUGCCUGGUAUUAUGGCAAGAAUAAGGAAUUCAGAGGAAAAUUUCAAAAGGAAUAUGCUGAAGUAAUAAAAGAUCACAAAACAGGCGAGAGAAGCCCUACUGAAGAGUCCAUGGAAGAAAAAAUGUUGCCAAGAGUAUGCCAUAUAACAAGUGAAGGCUGGAAUAAUAUAACAAAGGACAGAGCACAUCUUGAACUGGAUCAAUUCACUGCUUAUCCAUUUCUCAAACUGACUGACAAGUAUACUAUUAAUGGCCGAUGUAGCAUUCCUAGGACGGAAACAGAUGAAAUGUUUGAUACCCGCCACAGCGUUCUGACAACAGAAGGCUUCAACUCAGGGAUACAUUACUGGGAAGUUGAGGUUGGAGAAUCUGUCAACUGGGCAGUAGGAGUUGUCAGGAAGUCUGUUAAAAGAAAAGGUCCAAAUGAGACCAAGAUACCUCAGAAUGGGUUUUGGAUUUUUGGACAGUGGAAAUCUAGUUACUUCCUCACAGAAGGUCAUUCAGACACAGUAAACUGCAAAAUAUUUCUGAGUCACAAACCCAGGAAGAUUGGUUUAUGUCUUAAUUAUGAAAAAGGACAGCUUGAUUUUUAUGAUGCUUGUACAAGGUCACAUAUAUGUUCAAUUAUUGACACCUUUUCUGAAAAAAUGUUUCCUUUUAUUGACAGUUGGGAUCCAGGCUCUGUGAUUACUCUUAUUUCCUGAACCUAAUUUCAAAAUGUGAGUUUUAUUGUCAGGAAUUAGCAACAGCUGAGUUGUAGCAUUGUGGAUUAGAAAAAUAAAGCCCUGAAUGUGAUUUAUAUUUAAUUGGAGGGGGGACAUCAGGAACUAGAAACACUGCAUAAGGGAGGAUGAGACCUGGUGAGAGGGGUGGUGGCUCUGAUUUCUGUGGCAAUAUAGAGGUGUUGCAAAUAACUAUAGACCAUGGACUCCUUUCUACAGAGUAGUAGUUACUAUGUGGAAGUACGCAUGUCACUUCCAAGGCAGUAGUAUGAUAUGGCAUCUCGUCCAUGGGUUGAGAUGAAGUUUUGGUACCAUCCCGGCCUGGUCUACCCUGCUCUCUAAUGCCCAUCUUUCACCAUAGGUGAUAAGCUGCUUGAUGCAUGCCAAGUGAGAUACAUGUAUUUGAGAAUAUGCCAUUUCCAUGCUUUUAAUGUUGUUCACUCAUGCAGCAUGUGAUAUAAUGCAAAGUACUGACCUGUCUUGUCUUGAAACUGUUGUAAUGCAAUUAAGCAACACAAACAUAUUGGCAUUCAUAGAUGGGGUCAUAUUCUGGUCAGAAUGGCUAUCAGAAAUUGACAAGCUACAACAUUUUCAGAACAGUCGGUAUACAGUAGACAAAUGACUAUCGGGUAUGUUUAGAAUAAUAAAUGUAAAAGCUAUCAAAAAAAUAAGCUUGCCAUAUUUUACUGAAUUUGCGCAAAAAGAGGCAUGCAUUUUUAUAUAAAAGGUAUAGUUUAUGACAGGUACUCCAGUGUCUUUGAGGGGAAGAGCGGAAUCUAAGGAAGUUUUUCAGAAAAUUAUACCAGUGAUAUGCCCAUAAAAUUCCAGGUGAAGAUACAGCCAUUUCCAUACAGAAGCAACAAUAGGCAAAAUCAGUACUGAAGGGGUUAAUUCUGCUUGAGGCUAUGAGGAAAAGAAUAACCCUUUAUUUUUCCCCUGGUGUAAGCACAGAUUGCAGUAGGAUCAGUUAACUUCACAAUCCACUCCGUUUCCUUACUGCCUAUAUUGUAUUAAUGAUGUCACCUCACAGUUUAAAAAUGGGAAGGAAAACUAUGUUUACUGCCUUUUUAUGAGCACUGACUAUGACCAUGUAAAAUUAUAUUUCUCUACCAGACUACAGUUAUGUCACUAUAGUAAUAUGUUUUGACAAAUCAUGCACAAACAGAAAAUAUAUAUGCACACAUAUUUACAUUUAUUUAUACCUGGCCUUCCUUUAUUUUAUACUAUAUUGUAUUAUCCCUAAAGGCCUUGAUUUCAAAACACUUUUUAUGAAAACAUGAUAAUUUAAUCCUGAAAAAUUAUGUAUUUAGUCUACUUAUUAAAUAAGCUUAUUUUCUUCCACAAAUCUGUCAGACUCCCCUCACCUUCUGUUAGUCUAUCCAGUCUAGAACAGAAAUAAAGGAAGACUGAUGUAAAUA